GAACAAUCCAAUACCUGUUUCUCUUCAACAGCCACUUGAACGGAAACACUGCAAACGAUAACCUGCACGUGUUCUAUCCUGCGCUUUGUGGUUCGAGAGCUAUCUGUGCAUUCAACUCCGUCUGACUUCGUCACUUGCGCUAUACUAUACAUUAUAUGGUAUAUCAUCGAACUUAGAAAAUAUGACCAGAAGCGACAACUCUAAAGACGGGACUAAUCAACACUUGUACGGGCCCGUCAAAUCCAUCGACAAGAACCGCGAAUCGUCAGAAUUUGUGUGCGAUAAUCAUCUCGACCAGAAGCAGUUACAACAAGUGGAUGCCUUCAAUCCCAAGACGCAGCCUUCCGUCGACAUUUGCAUUCAUGAUCUGUUCCACCAACAGGCCGUGACACACCCAGAGCGCGAAGCGGUCGCCGCCUGGAAUGGGCAAUUUACAUAUUCCACUCUCGAUCAUCUUUCAUCCUGCCUGGCUUCUCAUUUGAGAAAUCUAGGAGUUUCAGUCGAAGGAUUUGUUCCUGUGUGCUCAGAGAAGUCGCGCUGGUAUCCGCUAGCACUUCUGGGUGUGCUAAAGGCUGGAGCUGCAUUUGUACCCUUGGAUCCUUCCCACCCCAUCCGACGUCUUGGGGAGACCAUUCGAGCAGUUGAAGCCAAGGUGAUCAUCGCCACCAAGGCCACAGCGAAAAAGCUCAGUUUUCAGGGGGCGAUGGUUGUGGUUGAUGAUGACGAUAAUGAUUCUGCCUGGAGGAAACCAACGACGCUGGGCCCAUCCCUAAAGGUCCCCUGCACAAAUACCGCCUAUGCGGUCUUCACGUCGGGCACUUCUGGCAUACCUAAAGCAGUUGUCAUAGAGCAUAGGUCUCUUUCAACCAGUGUGGUCGUCAAUAGUGCUGCGUUGAAUAUUCACGAGAGAACUCGUGUGUUUCAGUUUGCUUCUCAUGCCUUUGAUGCGUCACUGCUGGAUAUUUUCGCGCCAUUGGUCAUGGGCGGGUGCGUGUGCAUACCUUCGGAGACGGAGCGGAAAGAUAACCUGGCAGAGGCUUGUCGGCGGUUAAAGUGCACAUGGUCAUUCUUGACCCCCUCGCUCACGCGAGUGCUGGAGCCUGAGGACUUAUGCACCUUGCAAACAUUGGUCAUUGGGGGCGAGGCCCUACGAGAAGGCGACAUUGAAAAGUGGAUGUCCCAUAUGCAGUGUAUCAGCGGAUACGGUCCCACUGAAUGUACCAUUGGAUGCAUGGCUACGAGUCUACAGACAGGAGUACAGUUUGACCCAGCAAACCUGGGACGAGGAGUCGGAGUCAACUGCUGGGUCAUUGAUCCUGCCAACCAUGACAGACUGAGUCCUCCCGGAGAGCUUGGGGAACUACUAUUAGAGGGAGCCUUGGUUGCUCGCGGCUAUUUGAACGACCCGAAACGUACGGCUGAAGUAUUUAUUGGUCCUCCUUUAUGGCACCGACGCUUGAGAUCUCAGGGAGAUCGAAUGUACAAGACAGGCGAUCUAGUCAUUUUCGACGCUGCAAGAAAUUCUAUCCGUUACGUUGGCAGGAAGGACACGCAGAUUAAAUUCCAUGGCCAGCGUCUAGACACUGGAGAGGUCGAGCACCGCAUUCGGUUGGUUGUUCAGGACAUCAAGGACGUUGUUGUAGACAUGAUUCAACUCGCGGAUGAACCAUCAGCCUCGAUCUUGAUUGCCUUUCUUGUCCUGAAAUCAGAUCCUACCGCAGCGCACGUACCGCAGAGCAAUUGGCUCGAGGAACCAACGGCGGACCUCAACGCCAAGGCGAAGAUGCUCCAAGUGAAGUUAUCGGAAUCGCUUCCCCAAUACAUGGUUCCUAGGGCAUAUCUACCUUUGGUCUCGAUGCCUCUCACGAACAACGGGAAGAGUGAUCGGCAGACGCUCCGCAGUUUGGCCGCAGCAUUAAACCGGCAUGAUCUCCGCAGGUAUAGUGGAAGCUCUGCCGCGGCAAAGAGCAAGCCUUGCAGCCCAAUUGAGCGGAAGCUCCAGUUUUUGUGGUCCAGAGUUUUGGAUGUCAGAAUGGACGACAUUGGACUUCAAGAUAAUUUCUUCAGCCUCGGCGGGACGUCAGUAGCAGCCAUGAAGCUGGCCGGUCUGGCGAGGAAGGAGGGGUUAAGACUGGACAUAGCGGAUUUAUAUGCCCAUCCAGCCCUUAACGAUAUGAUAAGUGGAGUCCGUGUCGCCCCGGAAAGUGCCGCGGUGCAACCAUUCUCUCUAAUUCCGACUCAAGAAGUCCGCACGCAAAUAAUCGACCUUACCAUGCAGCAAUGCGGGCUUGACCACGAGACGGAAGUCGAGGACGUGUAUCCUUGCACACCACUUCAAGCAGGACUGAUCUCUCUUGCAGCCAAAAGGCCAGGCUCAUAUACGGGCGUGUUCCGGUACAAACUAUCUACUCAAGUGAAUGCUCAUCGGUUCAAACUUGCGUGGAAUGAUCUAGUCGACGCUCACCCAAUACUGCGGACUCGGUUUGUACAAGCCCACAAUGGUAAUAUCUACCAGGCUGUGAUGCGUAGAGCGACCACGCUGGAGAUGAGCCCGCUUAAUGAUGAAGGAAUGGAGACAGUGAACCGUUCACUAGCUUGCAAGUUGGGGCAACCCUGGAUUCCAAGGAGAUGCUUUCCAGCUACGAACCUUCACGCUGAUUGUCCACCACGCUCUAGGCCAUUCAGUCCUUUCAUAGAGUAUAUCGAGCGCACUACUGCCGAGCGGGAGGCAUAUUGGAAAGGCUGCCUCACUGAUUUGAAGAGUGCCAGUUUCCCUUCCCUACCCACCCCGACUUACAUCCCAAAGGCUACAGUGAUGAGUCCGAUUGUGAUUCCCUUACGCCUGAGAGCCCAAAGUGAUUAUACACUUGCCGACAAAUUAGAGCUAGCUUGGGCUAUGCUUCUUUCACUCUACACAGAGACCUCUGAUGUGGUCUUCGGUCUCACUGUUAGCGGCCGUGGUGCUCCCGUGCUCGGAGUCGAGGAUAUGACUGGCCCAACCAUUGCCACCAUUCCCUUGAGGUUGGACCUUCAUCCAGAAAUGACCGUGAAAGAGAGUCUUCAGCAGCUGCGAAGAUUCUACAUAUCUGCAAAUCCUUAUGAGCAAGUAGGUCUCCAGAACCUCCGACGCCUUGGCGAGGGUCCCACCAAAGCUUGCAAUUUUCAGAGUCAUAUUGUCAUUCAACCGGAAGCAAGCGACAAGGAAUGGAUGUUUUCCGACAAGGAAGACCAAUCUGAGAUUGGCGCGUUCAGCUCCUACGCAAUCACUUUGAUCUGCCAGCAAAGAUCAGGUACGAUAGACAUCGAGGCGACAUUUGAUCCGCAUGUUGUAUGUCGCAUGCAAAUGGAUCGAAUGCUUAAGCAACUCCGACAUAUCGUGCAAACGUUGCAUACUGCAUCUGAGGAGACUCGUCUACGCGAGUUGGACACAAUCAGUCCAGAGGACCGGUCGCAGCUGGAACAGUGGAAUUGGAAUCUCCCCGAGAAAGUUGAGACUUGUGCUCAUAAGUGGAUUCAAAAGCAAAGCCUCACUCAGCCUGAUGCUCCCGCUGUAUGCGCCUGGGAUGGCAAUUUCACAUACGGAGAGUUGGAUCGGAUUUCAUCUGAUAUGGCUCGUUUCCUUCAAGAAAAAGGCGUGGGACCUGGUGUUUUCAUUCCUCUAUACUUCGAAAAGUCACGCUGGAUUGCUGUCGCAAUGCUGGCAGUGAUAAAGGCUGGAGGAGCGUUCAUUCUCUUGGAUGACUCUCACCCGGCACAGAGGUUGCAUGGGAUAUGCGAUGAUGCAGAGGCACCGUUCAUCAUCGCAUCAGAGCAGAACGCGUCCCGUGCAUCUCAGAUCGCGGAAGCCUUUGUCGUCUUAGGCGAAUCUCACUGCGCAUGGCCGGAGAGCAAGAUCGUCACCACCGCUCUCAAGAACGAGGUCAACUCCGAGUCGGCACUCUAUGCAGUCUUCACCUCCGGCUCGACGGGGAAGCCGAAAGGUGCUAUUAUCUCACAUCAGUCGUGGUGUACCAGCGCCAAAGCCAAUAGCAUUGCGUUGUCAUUGAACACUACCUCUCGAGUCUUCCAGUUUGCAGCGUAUGCUUUCGAUAUCAGCAUUGCAGAUUACCUACUGACAUUUGUAGCCGGCGGCUGUGUCUGUAUUCCCUCAGCAAAAGACAGGGAGGGUGAUCUUGCGCACAUCAUGAGUAGCUUGAAGGCUAACUGGGCAUGCUUGACACCAUCUGUGGCGCGCACAAUUCAACCUCAAAAGGUUCCCACGUUGAAGACGCUGGUUUUGGCAGGGGAACCGGUUGCGCCCGAAGAUAUCUCCACGUGGUCACCAGCAGUCCACCUGCUCAACCUGUAUGGCCCUGCAGAGUGUGCCAUUCUCACUACACUCAAUCAAAAUGUCCAUAAUCCAAAGGACCCGAAUAACGUCGGACUACCAACCAGCGCAGUGUGCUGGAUAGUAGACACGCAGGACGACCAGAAGCUGAGACCCAUCGGAACAGUCGGGGAGCUCGUCGUGGAAAGCCCUAUUGUGGGCUAUGGGUAUUUAAACAACACUGCCAAGACCGCCGCCUCCUUCAUUGCUCCAGAUGCGCACCCAGCGUGGUUGCGCGGAUUCCGGGAUACAGAGACCUCUCGCUCGCGUCUCUAUCGCACCGGCGAUCUGGUUCAAUAUACUACAGACGGUACACUGCGAUUUGUCGGACGCAAAGACACACAAAUCAAGCUUCGCGGGCAGCGUAUCGAGCUGGGGGAAGUCGAGUAUCACCUGCGCCGCAGCUUUCCCAACGUCGCCGAGGCCGUGGCAGAGGUUGUCAUUUCAAAUGACAGCAAGAGCAACCAGAGAAAACCUAUCCUGAUGGCAUUCCUCCGUCCGCGGGAGCAAAUGUUCCGAGUGUCAGAUCGAUCCCUGCAAGCGCAGAUCACAACGGCAUUGACCACCCUACGCACCUCUUUGCCGGCAUACAUGAUCCCGUCCGCAUUUGUCUGUGUAAACUCGUUCCCUCUGAGCAGAUCCCGCAAGCUGGACCGCGGGCUGCUCCGUACCCUGGCCGCAGAGUUGCCUAGAGAGGAGUAUCUUGAUGCGAACACCGUCGACAGGCGGGAUCCGUCCGGCCUCGUCGAGCAGGUGUUGCAUCGGGCCUUUGCGGAUACUCUCAAGAUUGAAUCUGCGGAAUUUGGGGUUGAUCACGACUUCUUCGACUUGGGUGGUGAUUCCAUUCUGGCUAUGGGUUUGGUGGCUCGGGCUCGAGCGCGUGGUUUGGACUUCACCGUGGCGGAUUUGUUUGCGAAUCCAACGGUUUGCGCUCUUGCUAGGCAAGCUAAGCGCUAUGACAAGAUGGUUUGACCUUGCCUGAAGGUAGAUCUUUUGAUGAAGCAGAAAAUAGAAGCGUUACUAUAACCUUGAAUUUGAGAGAUUUGAUCUUGUCUGAUUCUGAUUCUGCUUUAAUUCUGAAGUAUGCUGAGUCUUGAGACCUCCUGGUCGCAAGCAAGAUGCAUGAACGGUGGCUGACACCCAAGCCACCGCCAAGCCACUGCCGUAUCUGUAACCC